CAGGAAACCAAUUAUGUUCCGAUUACACGAGGUAAUAGAGUGGUGCUCAUGAUCAAUGGCUUAGGUGCCACUCCUGCUAUGGAACUGAUGAUUGCAGCCGGAAAAGCAGUCCCUAACUUGCAAUUGGAGCAUGGGCUGGCUGUUGAUAGAGUGUACACAGGAUCUUUCAUGACUUCUCUUGAUAUGGCAGGAUUUUCAAUUACUAUCAUGAAGGCAGAUCAAGGAAUCCUGCAACGUCUUGAUGCUGCAACUAAGGCUCCUUAUUGGCCUGUUGGUGCUGAUGGUAGUCAUCCACCUGCCAAGAUUCCUGUUCCAAUGCCACCUUCUCGUUCAUCAAAGAGUGAGGAGUCAUUAAGUCGGCCACUACAGCUAAGUCAAGAAGGACGCAUUCUUGAGGUGGCUAUUGAAGCAGCAGCUAAUGAAGUGAUCAAUCUGAGGGACAGUUUGAAUGAAUGGGAUAGCAAAGUUGGUGAUGGUGACUGUGGAUCAACAAUGUAUAGAGGUGCAACAGCAAUUCUAGAGGACAUGAAAAAGUGUUAUCCUUUGAAUGAUGCUGCAGAAACAGUGAAUGAAAUUGGAGCAUCUAUUAGAAGAGUCAUGGGUGGAACAAGUGGAAUCAUAUACAAUAUAUUUUGUAAGGCGGCAUAUGCACAGUUGAAAGCUAACACAAAGUCUGAGUCAGUUGUCACAGCAAAACAAUGGGCUGAAGCUUUUGAAGCUUCAAUUGCUGCAGUUAGCAAAUAUGGUGGAGCUGUUGCCGGAUAUCGAACAUUGUUAGAUGCCCUGAUUCCAGCUGCAUCGGUUCUUAAGGAGAGGUUAAAUGCUGGGAUUGAUCCUUCCACUGCCUUUCUUUUAUCAUCAGAAGCAGCAUUGGCUGGUGCUGAAUCAACCAAACAAAUGCAGGCACAGGCUGGCCGUUCAACCUAUGUCUCCGGAGAGAUCCUUGCAUCAGUUCCAGAUCCUGGUGCCAUGGCUGCUGCCGCAUGGUACCGAGCAGCAGCCUUAGCUGUGAAGGAUAAGUGUCAGGCUUCAUGACCUGAUGCAAUUUUCUGCCCCAUUUUGCCUACAUACUUAACCCAGUGAAGUUUUGUUCUUGGCUACAGAUUUUAACCCAGUGAUUAGGCUAUCCGCUUAUGCAUUUUUUGUGCGUAAAGCCGAGAAAGCGAGUUUUUUUUUUUUUUUUUUUGUUCUCGUACCGUAUUGAAAUUUCUUAGAGAAAUGUAACUUUUAGAGGUUGAUAAACUUCAUUACGAAUUAUAUACAUUGAAGCAGAUGUUGUAACUCAAAAUCUUCAAAAAAAUAACGACUGUUAGACUGGGAUCUUAUUUGCACCAGCCAUAUAUGUCAUGGUUUGGUACAGUUGACGCUAAUCUUGUUUGGCCUAUAAAAGAUUGUACUAUUUUUUCUUUUUCCUUAAUGCA